AUGACGAACAACGAGAAUAGUAACCACAUAGAGACUAAUAAUAAUAAUAAAAAACAAAGAAAACGAAGUGUAUUUGAUCUUGAACAAAUUCGUCAAUUAGAACAUGUUUUUGAUAAAGUAACACAUUAUCCAGAUCAAUCUGUUCGUCAACAUCUUACUCUUAUAACUGAACUUCCUGAUAAAAAAAUUCAAAUUUGGUUUCAAAACCGUCGUGCUAAGUGGCGUAAACAACAUCAAUUAGUACAUUUUGGUGGUUUACAUGAAUUAGCAGUUGAUGGACAUCUUAGUUUUGUUCCAGCACCUAAACCAAAUUUUGUUUUACCAUCACCAUCAGUAACAAUUCCCGAUAAUUCAUCAAUGCAACAACUUGAACAAUUUUUCUAUUGGGCGUUUCAGACAGCUUUAACAAAAUCUAAUGAACAUCCUGAACAAACAUUUCUUAUGAAAAGGAAUGAUUCAAUUGUUCCUUCGCAAUUUAUUAAUGAAUUUAUUUCUUCUACAAAUAAUGACAAUUAA